AUGGGAAUCUCCGCUCUCUUCAGGAAGGCUGCCAGACUGAAGUCUAACGGGAAUCCCAUUUCUUCAAGUACCGGCACAUCCCAAAACCCCACAAUUAGCCAUGGAGACAGGGCUAGCGAUGCUCAUCUUAGCCAAAAGGAACAAACAACUAAUUCUAACCCCAGACGCAAAUCUGUAGAGCCUGUAACGAUACAAUUGUAUUCGCAUAACAUACGUUGCGACACCUGGAACCUCAAACGGAAUGAAGAGUCUUGGGCAAAGAGGAGAGCCAGAGUUAUAGACUGUAUUACCCACUGUUCAGCUCAUCUUCCCACCAUAGUGGGUCUCCAAGAAGUCAAGAAGAACCAGUUGGACGAUAUAAUCCAAGGUUUAGGCUCUGGAUGGGACUACUUUGGCGUUGGUAGAGACGAUGGCAUUGAUAAAGGAGAAUUUGCACCCAUUUUCUACAAAUCAUCGGAGUGGCAGUUAGUAUCUGGAACCACAUACUGGUUGAGCGAAACACCUGCUAAGCCAAGUAAAGGCUGGGACGCAGCACUACCCCGUAUAGUAACCUCCAUAAUAGUUAAACACAAGCAGCUGGGUAGGGAAAUCAAAUGUAUGAACACCCACUAUGACCAUAAAGGAAAAGAAGCCAGAAACAACUCUUCCAGAAUGAUAAAAGAACUAGCUUCUGACCAUAGCCAUGUAUGCUGUGUACUUGGAGACUUCAACGCUGAACCUGACCAUGUGGCCUAUCUGAUUCUUGCAUCAGGCAACUUGUUGGAUACAGCUACAAAUUGUUUUAAGAGAGAUGGCUUUCAGUAUACUUUCUCUGGUUUCAGCAAGGAAGAAAGUGAAAGUACCAUAGAUUAUAUCUGGGUAACACUUCCAGCUCGUAUCCUAAAGUUCCAUGUGAUGAAUAAUGAAUUCAAUGACAGAAACUUCUCCGACCACCGUCCUCUCAGUACAAUUAUCCAAAUCUAG